AUGGUUUUUACACUUGUGUAUGGCCUCGGAGAGAAUAUGGCCCAUCAAUUGUCCAAUGACAAUGAUGAGAGAAUAUCUACUCCGAAAGAAGUUCUUCGUUUGAAAGACAAGAAAGUUACCAAUGUUGGAUGUGGUGAUAAAUUCACAGUAUUAUGUACAGAUGAUCAUCUUCUUUACACAAUCGGAGACAAUGAUUAUGGCCAAUUGAGCUUGGGUCAUUUCCGUACUUGUAAUUCUUGGACAAGUGUUAAUUUAAGUAUUCAAAUUGAAUCUCUUGUUUGUGGAGAUUAUCACUCCAUGCUCUUAUCUGAUAAAGGGGAAGUUUAUGCAUGUGGACGUUCUGAUAAGUAUCAAAUUGGGUUUUCCUCAACAGACUCUGUUGCAGAAUUUAAACGAGUGCCUAUUAAGGAAAAAGUGAAACUCAUUUCCAGUGGAGCUAGUCAUUCAAUUUUUGUAACUGUAGAUAAUGAAAUUAUUGCAUGUGGAGAUAACACAUAUUCUCAAAUUUCUUCGAAAAAGAAGGAAGUGGUUAAGAAGCCUGAAAAGAUAAAAAUUGAUGAAUUGAAAGGAAAGAAAAUUAAAUCAGUUUCAUCAGGAUAUCAACAUACCAUCUAUUUAACUGAAGAGGGAAACAUUUUUUGUUUGGGAAACAAUACCUUUGGACAGUUAAACAUUUCUCUCGUGAGUAUUAAUAAGGCAGGACAAGGACAAAUGAUUGAGAGCGUUUCAUGUGGAAGUUUUCAUUCUGUAGUAGUGACAGAUAAGGGAGAGCAUGGGCUGCUGGAAAGAAUCGAAAUGAUUGACACUGUCAAGUGUGGAAAUCAUCACACGGUCUUGCGAUCGACAGAGCAAAGAAUUUACUGUGCAGGUAAAAACAGUGGAGGUCAAUUAGGAUUAGGUCAUCUCGACAAGACAUUCCGUGUGAAUGAAACAAAGUUUUCAUAUCCUGUUUCAAAGAUUGGUGCUGGUGGAUAUCAUUCUGUGUUUCUAUGCGAAGUUGCCGAUGACAUGAUUGAUAAUAAUUAA